ACAAAGUUAAAAACCCCGUUCCAAUCCAUAUGCUUUCAUUCUAUCAACUCAAUAAUCAAAUUGUUAAUCUUAAUUAAUCAAUGUUACCGUAUACCCAGAAAAAAACAGUGCUUUACAAGUACAACUACAACCCCCACACGACUACUUGUUGAAGCCUGCUGCUACUGCUAGUGCAAUAAGGUGCGUGUCAUUCAUUCUUCUCACCAAUUCCCAAUUAGAUAAGUGAUAUGUGGUUGGAAUGGAGCAACCUUUGUACGAUUGAUGAUGGAGUUGAAAGAGAGUAGAGAUUCCCAAAAUUCACAAAUGGAGGAAACCCAAUUUGCUCCAUGAUCAGAUCUACAAUGGAGUUCUGCAAUCCAACCUUCUACCACACUGAUUUGACCGAUUACGAUUCCUCCUAUGAUUCUUACUACGAUUAUGCUCAAACGGAGCCCCCAAUCCCGCAAUCCAGCAACGAACCCAGCUUCUACAAUCUCCUUGACUACCCACCUCCUUGCUAUUUUGGGGAGGCUUAUGAUUCUGGAGUUGACGACUCGGCUGAUGCUUCCUAUGGCUCCAAUUUCAGAGAUCCCGUUGACGAUGGGGCUUCUGGUUUCCCAAUUAGCUACUCGGCAUACGCUUGCUCUGCCUCGACUUUCAGUGCGCCCAAAGUGAUUGAAUAUGACCCUCAACUUUAUGGCGAUGGUCACCAGAAGGUGUCGACCCAAUUUGUGAUAUCAUACUCUGUUGCGGAAUUUAAUGAGCCUGAUUUUGAAGAGUACGACCCGACUCCUUACGACGGUGGCUAUGACAUUUGCCAAACCUACGGUAAGCCGCUUCCACCUUCCAAUGAAAUAUGUUACCCACCGAACUCUUCCUCUUCAGCUCCAAAACCCCCACCGCCGAUUGAAGCCAUUGCCGUUCCAAUUGAGUCGCAGAAGGGGAAAGAGGAGGUACCUAAGGAAGCGCCAAAGGGGAAAAUCGAGGAGCAAACCAAGCCGCCCCAGAUCCAGGGGAUAUUGCCAUGGACAUUGCCAUUGCCAUGGCCAUUGGCAUGGCACCCACAACAACCAGUGGCAGAUAGCAGCAGAUUAUCUUUUCGGAAGCCAUUAUCCUUAUGCAGAUGGAAGGGGCCAAGGCCAAGGGGGAGCCUCUUAAUGGCUACGUUUGGUUGAAUGAUUUCAAUCGUUCUGAACUCUGAACAUGUUUGGUCUGCUUUCUCUGUGUCAAAUUGUAGAUGAUUUGUAAUUUCUCCUUCUCUUUGCCUCCACUUUAAUCCGCAAUAAGUGGGUUUGGUUCUGUAAUAACAAGGAUUAUAAUCCUAUGGAAUACGCUUCUUUCCGCAGAAUUCUCUCUUUCGGUAGAGUUGCGGCUCCCUAAAGAAAAUACGAGGGUUAAAUAAGAGGUUGUUUAUUAUUAAA